AUGGGUCGCCUCCACCAGGCCGAUCCCCCUGCGUCAUCAUCGCACUCCCUCCACUCUCUCGACGACGCGCCGCCUCCAUACACAGAUGACCCCGAACCCAUUCUUGCCCCUGUCCAACAUGCCCAACCUAUCCGACCAGUCCAGCCCCCCACAAGCAUCCGACCCCUCCGUCUAAUCGACUCAGCCUAUGUCCUCCCCGGCAGCAAAGACAUCAGACCCACCGACAAGGUCUCUCUCACCCUCGAACCAUCACUCUCAAGCGACCCCGAGGAGCUCUACGAUGUAAUCCGCCGGCAAGUUAAGCUGCCACCACGGCCGCUGCUCUACGUCCACGGCACCCACACCGAAUCUAGCAAUGACAAAAAGAAAGAGAGAAGCAACACUCACACAGACUUCAAGUUCAAGCUGGAUCUGGCCGAGACCAUGCUGACCGGCUGGGAAGGCGUCCCCCUGGAAACAAACUGGAGGGAAAUAGAAAUCCUCACAGAUGAGGACCUCAAACCCGCGUAUCGGGGAGGAAUCCUCCGCUCACGCACUCUCACGGCGGACACCGAUGCCCUCCUAUCCCGCGAUGACGCCGACGAGAGGUAUAACACCUCUCCGGAAGCGAAAAACUUGAGGAUGUGGUGCGAGCGGUUCUGUCGUGACCCCGCCUCGGUGAAAUCAUUCACUCUGCACCGCGAACUUGCCGGGUUCGACUGUAACGCCAUGCGCAACGUCCUCUCCUCCCAUAUCCGCGAACUCAACUACCGCGGCUCCAUAGGCUUCAAGCUAUUCAUCGCUCAACGCUCUGUCACAAUCUACUCGCCUCACUGGAUUAACCGGCUCCGCGCGAACCGCUACGUCUGGUGGGCUGUUGUCCUUCUCCAGCUCUGGAUCAUCGCGUGGCCGGUUAUCUUCUUUAUGGAGAAGAGGUACGAACUCGUCCACACACGCUGGAAUGCAUCGCUUAGACCCGAGUCUGACUCUGCACUGGAUAAAUGCUACGCGUUUAAUCGCGAUGAGUCUUCUUUGGCGGAGUACUGGGCUCCGGCUGUUAAGCAGGCGGCGUGGACUCGGCGACAGGGUGAAGGUGAUGUUUUGACGAGGAUGGAUGCGGAUCGUUUGCAGGGGUAUAGUACGCAGCAGUUGCUUGGUCUUCGUGGUGCUGCUUCGGAUGCUGAGCUCGAGCGUCGAGGGAGGGUUAAUAAUGGCGAGGCUGGGUUUGUUGAUAAUGUUGUAGGUCUGGUGAGAGGGAUUGGAGAGGUUAGCCAGGAUUGGAGGUUUUCUGCGGGAUGGGGUGCUAACUCUUAA